AAGCUGUGCCUAGAACUCUUGAAGACAGCCACCUUCCGAGCCUCCUCUCUACUCCUAAUAUUUUCCCUAGUCUCUUCUAACUCAAACAAAAAAGAGUCCCACUAGACUGCUCCAGGCCCCAACCUAUUCAAAACAACCUGGAGUCUUAUAAAUGUUCACAUCGGUCUUCAGUCUUCCUGAGAUACACACAACUUAUCGCUUCUUCCAUCCUUCUCUCUCGUCCAUGCCAUCAUACACAGCAAAGUUCUAGUUAUUCGUAUCACCAUGAAGUUUGAAGCCAACACAGCCAUUUCUUGCUAGCUAGAUCGAAAAAACUCCAUUGAAGCAUACCUUCUACCUACGUCUGAAUGGACCCGUGGAGCGAAAGUGAGGGCAAGAGAGCCCAUGAUCCUAUCUUCCAAUGUUUCAGCCAAAACCAAAAUCACCGCCAACCUGUUGAGAACUGCUGCAAGGAAAGGAGCGUGGAUGCUGUUGUUGCUCGCUCGGAGCGAUGCACAUGUUUCUGGGUUUCAGGGCCAAUUAUCGUGGGUGCGGGACCAUCAGGCCUCGCCGUUGCUGCAUGUCUCAAGGAGAAGGGGAUUGGUAGCCUUAUUCUUGAGCGCUCCAACUGCAUAGCUUCCCUCUGGCAGCUGAAGACAUACGAUCGUCUCAGCCUUCAUCUUCCCCGGAAAUUCUGUGAGCUUCCUCUCAUGCCUUUCCCUGCCGACUACCCUAUCUAUCCCUCGAAGCAGCAGUUUGUAGCCUACUUGGAGAGCUAUGCUGCACGUUUUGGCAUAAGUCCUAUGUACAAUCGCACGGUGGUGCAUGCAGAAUAUGAUGAGCAGCUUCUGCUAUGGCGUGUGAGCACUCGAACUUCUGGCACAAUGGGAGAGGAGGUCCAGUAUGUUUCCGGGUGGCUUAUUGUUGCGACUGGUGAGAACGCUGAAGCUGUGCAGCCAGAUAUUGAUGGCCUACAAGAGUUUCCAGGAACAGUUAUGCACACCAGUGCAUAUAAAAGUGGCAGUGCAUUCGCAGGGAAGCGCGUUCUCGUCGUCGGUUGUGGAAAUUCAGGCAUGGAGGUGUGCUUAGACCUGUGCAAUCACAAUGCAGAACCCCAUAUUGUCGUAAGAGAUGCUGUACACAUCUUGCCCAGGGAGAUGCUGGGUCACUCCACCUUUGGUCUGUCAAUGUGGAUGCUCAAGUGGCUCCCAGUCCACGUUGUGGACCGUAUUCUACUGUGCAUAGCACGGGCCAUCCUUGGGGAUACUGCUCGGCUCGGGCUAAAGCGGCCAGCCUCUGGUCCUCUUGAGCUCAAGUCACUCUCAGGGAAGACCCCGGUCCUUGACGUCGGCACAUUUGCAAAGAUUAAAUCUGGAGAUAUCAAGGUACGACCUGCCAUAAGACGGAUAUCAGGAAGAGAUGUAGAAUUUGCAGACGGUCAGUUGGAGGGUUUUGAUGCCAUUGUGCUUGCAACUGGCUACAAGAGCAAUGUUCCCUUCUGGCUGAAGGACCGAGAGUUAUUUUCUGAAAAAGAUGGCUUGCCAAGAAAAGCAUUUCCAAAUGGGUGGAAGGGUGAGAAUGGCCUAUACUCGGUCGGAUUCACCCGGCGUGGACUGAUGGGGACAUCGGUCGAUGCCAGGAGGAUCGCUUACGACAUCGAGCAGCAAUGGAAGGCCAAAGGGACCCUUCCGGAUGUUUUCCUCUAGCCCUCGUCGCUGUUGUUUGCCAUUGACGACGGGAGCCGUGUGAAUAUUUAGUGGUAGGUUUGGUGAGAGUGAUACACGAUAUUUGCCGACUUCGGGGGUGCGCUUGGAGUUGCCAAAGGGUGUAUGCAAUCUGCUUCUCUGUUGCUUGCUUCUAGUGCUUGUAUAGGGUAUUGUACUGUCAAUUUUUGUGUUGUUUGGUUUUGAUGACUAACCAUCCUAUAGGCAUCCUCGAGGGGGUUAAAACACU